GGUGAGCCCGAGAGCAGAAGGAAAGGCCGUGCAGGCGCCGUUGCUUCUCUUCCUUUGCUGCGAACGCGAGUGGUGCUAACUCUUGCUCACUGUCCCCGAGUGCCCAGGACGGGAAUCUCGCGUCAGCUUUCCCUUGAGGCUCGCAGGUGGCGGCUGCCACCCCUCGCGGAAGUGAGGGGCGCGCCCCUGCGCGGCCCUGCGGACCCCGAGCCUCCAUGGGCCCGACCCCGAAGGCCAAUGUUUGCCGUAGGCUGAGUCGCCGGGCAUUAGGCUUCUUCGCACGCGAUGCGGGCGUGGUGCAGAGGGCGAACCUGGGCAUCCUGCGGGCGCUGGUGUGCCAGGAGAGUACUAAAUUUAAGAAUGUUUGGACAACCCAUUCCAAGUCACCUAUAGCCUAUGAAAGAGGAAGAAUUUAUUUUGACAAUUACCGGUGCUGUGUCAGCAGUGUUGCAUCAGAGCCAAGAAAACUUUAUGAAAUGCCAAAAUGUUCCAAAUCAGAAAAAAUUGAGGAUGCUUUGUUAUGGGAAUGCCCAGUGGGAGAAAUACUUCCUGACCCAUCAGAUUAUAAAUCCUCACUCAUAGCACUGACUGCUCAUAAUUGGCUGCUUCGUAUAUCGGCAACUACAGGGGAAAUCCUGGAGAAAAUAUACCUUGCUUCCUAUUGCAAGUUCAGGUACUUGAGCUGGGACACCCCUCAAGAGGUCAUUGCGGUCAAGUCAGCUCAGAACAAAGGCUCAGCAGUGGCCCAGCAGGCAGGCACUCAGCAGUCUGUUUUGUUAUACCUUGCAGUGUUCCGGGUUCUGCCCUUUUCACUUGUAGGGAUUCUAGAGAUCAACAAAAAGGUUUUCGCGAAUGUCACAGAUGCUACCUUGUCACAUGGAAUACUGAUUGUGAUGUACAGCUCGGGACUGGUCAGACUGUAUAGCUUCCAAGCCAUCAUUGAGCAGUUCAUGCAACAGAAACUUGACUUAGGGUGUGCAUGCAGUCAGGGCGGGACUACUGGGACUGUAGGAGAGGCUCCUUUUGGCAUUCCUUGUAAUGUUAAGAUCACAGGCUCGCCAUCCCCACUCUUUGAAGUCUCCUCCCUGGAGAACGCGUUUCAGAUUGGCGGCCAUCCUUGGCACUACAUCAUCACACCUAAUAAGAAGAAACAGAAAGGAGUUUUCCAUAUUUGUGCUCUAAAAGAUAAUUCCUUGGCAAAAAAUGGAAUUCAGGAAAUGGAGUGUUGUUCCCUAGAAUCUGACUGGAUCUAUUUUCACCCUGAUGCUUCUGGAAGAAUUAUACAUGUUGGCCCCAAUCAAGUCAAAGUCUUGAAGCUAAGUGAGGUAGAAAAUAAUAGUUCUCAGCAUCAGGUCUCUGAAGAUUUUGUCAUCUGGGCCAAUAGAGAAGACAGAAACGAAAACGUAAUCACCGUUACAGCUUCUGGACGUGUGGUGAAAAGAAAUUUCAGCCUCCUGGAUGAUGACCCGGAGCAAGAGACUUUCAAAAUUGUGGACUAUGAGGAUGAGUUGGACUUGCUGUCUGUAGUGGCUGUCACUCAAAUAGAUGCCGAGGGAAAAGCGCACUUGGAUUUCCACUGUAACGAGUACGGAACCUUACUCAAGAGCAUCCCGCUAGUGGAGUCGUGGGAUGUGACAUAUAGCCAUGAAGUCUACUUUGACAGAGACUUGGUGCUGCACAUCGAACAAAAACCCAACCGGGUUUUCAGCUGCUAUGUCUAUCAGAUGGUCUGUGACCCCGGAGAAGAAGAAGAAAUUGUCAACAGAAAUGAUUAAGACAGUGAGGUCAUUGUAACUUGAAACAUUUGGUGAAACACCCUAUCAGCUUAUUAUCUGCAUGGAACAUUCUGCAGUAUUUUACAUAACAGGUUGUGUGCUAGCUUUUUUCAAAAGACUAGGUUAAACUCUUGCACAUAAGGGGGUAAGGACUCCAUUUUAUGUGAAUGCUCUCUGGACUGCUGUCUCAAGAGACCCAGCCUUUGACUCGUCUAGACGAGGUGUUACUGUGGAUAUGAAAUGCUAGGGAACGGGACAGUUACAUUUAGGUGUCAGGAGACAUCAUCAAUGCAGGGAUAAUUACCAUGACUUUUAAUGACUACUGUAAUGUUUUAAUUGGUAAGGCUAGGAGAGAGAAACAAAUAAAAAUAUUAAACAUAGAAGCCCGAUGUGACACAUCUGUAAUCCCAGCACAUGACAUGUAGAACAAAAAGAGCAGGAGUUCAGAGCCAGUGUUGGCUAUAUAGCAAAUUUAAGGCCAGGUUGAUAUACAGCUGCUCUCAAAAUGACAACAAAAAGAUAAAUCCUAUAUAUAUAUAUACCCUAUACCAAACUUUUCUUAAAGAUUAUAAAUAGGAUUUGUAAUGAAAAUCAUACUUUUGAGCCAAAAAUCAUCACAGCUUCUUUGUAAAAAAACAAUAUAUAUAUAUAUAUAUAUAUAUAUAUAUAUAUAUAUAUAUACAUAUACAUAUACAUAUAACUUUGUGUGUAUGUUUCUAUACAAUAUCAAGAAUUGAUUCUAGUUAUCAAAUUACCAUUUCUUAUACGAUCUUAUUCCAUGACUGUAUUCUGUGUGUGUCUUAAUACCAGUGCACGUGGGUGUGUUUAUGUGGAUAUAUCUGCAUGUUCAUGUGUGUGCAGGUGUGCCUGCAUGUGUGCAUGUGCCUUCGGAGGCCAGAAGUCAGCCUGUGGUGGUAUUCUCAAGAGCCACCUACUUUGUGUUUUGAGAUAGGCUCUCAUUAUGAUCUGGGGCUCACUGAUUCUGCUAGUCUCGUUGGCUAAUCUGGGAUUACGUCUGCUUCCCCAGCACUGGGAUGUCUGCUUGGGUGCUGGGCGCCAAACUCAGAUUUGCAUGGUCGUGUAACAAGCACCUCCCAGACUGAGCUAUCUCCCAGCACUGUGUGUUUGUGUUAUAAAAAAUCCAAGCAAAAUCGAAAUGAAACCUUUUCCUGAUUUAUAACCCAUUUAGCUCCUCAUACAUCUAAAGAUGUUGGACUGAUUUUUCCAUCCUAUUGACUCACUGAAUCUGUUUCGUUGAACGAUAUUUUCAUAUCUGUGCUAGAAUAUAAAGGGGCCUCUGUUAGGCCACUUCCGUGCACUGCUGGCCCCUGGUGGCCUCUUCCCUGUAGCACAGUUGAAACCCCAGUUCUUUCCUGCCUGGAAUCUCCUGGUUAGCCAGAAGCAGAGUGUCGGUGGAAGGAAUGUUUUUUGUUUUUUGUUUUUUCUUAGAACAUGUUUAAGCCUGGCCCUUGAAUUCCACUAAUCACUUUUCAGAAUGUUAGAUAAAGAUAACCUAAGUGUAGGGAGAAACUGUUGCUUACAUUCCCUGUUAGAGAAAUUCAGUUUCUCAGAAUCCACAUGUCCGUCUCAUUUUUCUAAUUCAGCCUCAAAAGAAUAAUAUAAAAAAAGAAUAGAGCAGGGCAGGUAGCUCACACCUGUAACCUGAGCACUCAGGGAACUGCAGCAGGAUUGUUGUAAACUUAAAGCCAACUUGGGCUAUGAAACAAAACCUUGCCUUAAAAAACAAACAGAAAGGGCUGGAGAGAUGGCUCAGCGGUUAAGAACACUGCCUGCUGUUCCAGAGGUCCUGAGUUCAAUUCCCAACAACCACAUGGUGGCUCACAACCAUCUGUAGUAAGAUCUGGUGCCCUCUUCUGACCUGCAGAACACUGUAUACAUAAUGAAUAAAUAAAUCUUUUUUUAAAAAAAAACAAAACAAAACAGAAAACAGCAACAACAAACACCUUAAUUCCCAAGGCAGAGGGAGGACAAUCUAUAGAGUUCAGUGUCAGCUUGGAGUAUAGGAGCCAGCCUGGGCUACAUGAGACCCUGUCUCAAAGCAUAAAAGAACAGCAACAAACCAUUUUUGAUUCAUGUAUAAGGUUAAAAUAUGGAAUUUUAGCUUGGAAGAUUUGUAUAAAGGUCUCUUCAUUUUGACCCUCCUAAUGUUAGGAAUGGUGUGAGUCCUGUCCGGUUGGCCCUUGAAAGUCUGCAAAGAUGUUUCUAGUUGAUGAUGAUCAGCGGGACUAAGGAGAAAGGUGUUGGCUGUUUAAAAAUCAAAGAGUUAGUAGCAGGGGCUAUACAAUCAAGAAAUAAAGGAAACAAAUCUAAAUUCAUCUUUUUGUGCAUAGCAAAGAUUUACUGGUUGAAUAUUCUUUAUCGAGGAUGCUUAGAACCAAAAUGAUUUUGUAAUUCAAUUUUUCCCCCUGAUUUUAGAAUAUUUACAGGUACAUUAUAAGAUCUUGGGAUGGGCUCAAGGUCUAACCUUGAAAUUCAUUUUUAUGUUUAAUACAUAUCUUAUGGCUGGGCAUUGGUGGCUCACGCCUUUAAUUCCAACACUCAGAGGCAGAGACAGGAAGCUCUCUGUGAGUUCGAGGCCAGCCUGGUCUACAGAGCAAGUUCAGGACAGCCAGACCUACAUAGUUAAACCCUGUCUCUAAAAAAACAAACAAUACACAUCUGUGUACAUAACCUAGAGGCACUUUUAUGCACUAUUUUAAGUGUGGUCAUUUGUGUUUAACUGUGUCCUAGCACAUAAGAUCAGGUGUUGAGUUUUGUACUCAUGACAUCAUGUCAGCACUAAGAAAGUUUCGUGUUUUAGAGCAUUUUGGAUUUCCAGAUUGUGGAUAUUAAUAUGCAUUGGCAUUGUAGAAUAAGGCAGAAUGAAUGUGAGCUAAAAAAAAAAAAAAAACAAACCUCUUUGGAGCUGAUCCUAUGUAGACUUACCAUCAGAGAACAUAAAAAUAAUUACCUCAUGAGCAAGGUAAUAACAUGUUAAAGUCUAGUACUUGGAUCUACUGUUUGAAAAAUUCAGCCUCAUUUAUGAUAUGUAGCAGCUCUAUUGAGUGUCUCUGAAGACUGAGAGCAUUUUAGAGACAGCUUUGUAAUUACAGGGCAGUUAGUAGUUGCAUGCCCAGCCCUGCCUAGCAUAUUCACACCUUUCUGUUUGGGUUUUGCUUUGUUGUUUGGGUUUUGUUUUUUGUUUUGGCAUGUGCAUGCUUUGUGUGUGUGUGUGGGGGGGUUGUUUUUAGACAUGGUCUCACUGUGUGGCUCUGGCUGCCUUGCUACACUGUGUAGAACACACUGGCCUCAGACUCACAGAGAGCUGCCUGCCUCCUCCUUGCAAGUGCAGGAUGCAUACUUAGCACAUCUGACCCACAAGUUUGCACAUUGAAAAACAAACCCAAUGAGGAGCAGCAGGAGAGAGAAGAGGGGACUUUGCCGUAUAGGUUCCCACAUGGCAGUGCAUUUGCUCUGAGUUUUGAGAGCAUUUGGAACAGUAUGUCUUUAGUCUUCAGUCUUGGCGGAGAAUCUUUGGUGACUAUUGAGUUUCUUCUUUAAAUCAUUGUGGUGUGUAUGGGUGUGUGGUAAUAGAAAGAAACUCAUGUGUUCAGAAAGGCAGUUGAGACAUUUCUGAGAUUCGUGGUGAGAGAAGGGAUGGGCUACUUCUAAUUUAAGUAUAACAUGACCACUAAGAAAUUUGUAGCAUAAGCUGAGCUGCUGGUUCAUAUCUCUAAUCCUGGCUGAAAGAGGAGGGUCGCCAAAGUUGGAGGCAAGCCUGGGUUGUGUGGUCACAGAACAUACUGGGUUACACAGCCAUGUGUAACUCCAGGUCCAGGGAACCUAACAUCCUUUUCUGGCUUCCACAAAUACCCAUACAUAUGCUUGCAUGUGCACACAAAUACAUACAAUACACACAAAUACAUACAAAUAUUUAUAAUACACAUAAAUAAGUGUGUGUGUGUGUGUGUGUUCAAGAGAGAGCUGUGUGGUGUGGGAGGUCCUUCUGUCUAUGUGUUGCUUUUAUUGGUUAAUGAAUAAAGAACUGGCUUGGCCUAUAGCAUGGAAGGAGGAAGGCAGAGUCAGGGAGAUGCCAUGGAUCUGCCACCUGAGACAGAUGCUGGGAACUUUAGCUGGUAAGCCACAGCCUCGUGGCCAUAGACAGAUUAAUAGAAAUGGGUUAAAUUAAUAUGUAAGAGUUAGCCAAUAAGAAGUUAGAGCUAAUGGGCCAAGCAGUGAUUUAAAUAAUACAGUUUCUGUGUGAUUAUUUCAGGUCUAAGCUGCUGGGUGGCCAGGAACCAACAAGCGGCCACCUCCUCCAACAGCUGUGUCCAACUAACAAAUUUAGCUACAGCUGUUAAGUUUUGGCCAGUAGUCACAGUUUACGGGAACGUAGGCUGCAUAUUUGGUAAUGGGAUGGUUGAUAAAAAGAUGCCAAAAGAUACUGAAGGUAGAAAAGAAUGGAGAACAUUUAGAUGCCAUUCAUACCAAGAAGUUGAGCUGGUGAUAUAACUCAGUGAUGGAACACUUGGCUGUUGUGCAUGAGUCCCUAGGUUCAGUUCCCAGUGCUGAAAUAACAGCAUAUGCAAUGCAUGCUAUCCCAAAAGUGUGUCUGCGCCUGCUCACUCUGAAGUAGUUGCUUCUCUCAGCAAGCACAGAUGUUACACUGUAUUCUCAGAGCAACACAGCAAGCUUAUUGUUCUUUAACUUCCUGCAGUAUUUAUCACAACUCUGGGAGAAACAUAAAGCCAAUCCAAUUGUCAUUGUUGUUGAACUAAUAAGUGAGGAGAUGAUUUUGUUCUGUUUAAAUAAAGACAUUCCAUAACUUCCCAACAUAUGAGCAUUUUAUUAAUCCUUAUGUAUACUUUUAUUAUUAAAAAACACGGGGAAAACCAUGUUCUCUCCCUCCCUUUUUCUCUCU